AUGCCCGACGCUCCCGACAACCCCUCGCUCGUGGCAUCUGCAAGAAGCAGUGAUGGGCUCUGCUUUGUGAUGCCUGAUAUAACCCUGGAGUAUUUUUAUAGCCCAACUACUCCAGUUGGACGCCGCCACCGCGGGGACGCGGGGAAGGGCGUCCUGGAGGUGCCCUUGCCGCCCUGGCAGCCGCGCGCCCGGGAGCCGCUGGAGACGAAGCGAGCGCGGCUGCUGCAGGAGAGCAGGAAGAGGGGCACGCUGGAGAACUGCCUGCUGCUCGGCCUUUUUGCAAAGGAGAACCUGAACCGCAUGAGCGAACGGCAGCUCAACCUCUAUGACCGGCUCAUCAACGAGCCCAGCAAUGACUGGGACAUUUACUACUGGGCAACAGAAGCGAAACCCACGCCGGCCGUGUUUGAGAACGACGUCAUGGCCAUGCUGAGGGAGUUUGCCAAGAACAAGAACAGGGAGCAGAGGCUGCGGCAGCCAGACCUGGAGUAUCUCUUUGAGUCGCCACGCUGA